AUGCUAAGUGCGGCCCGUUGUUUGGUGACGAAAACAUGUCAACAAAGAAAACUUUCGUUAUCAGCUGUGUGUAAAGGAACGAGGACAUCUAAUAUCGCUGAAUAUUGUGUUGUGGAUCAUGCAUACGAUGCGGUUGUUGUUGGAGCUGGUGGAGCUGGUUUACGAGCUGCUAUGGGUCUCAGCGAAGGUGGUCAGAAGGUUGCGGUAGUUACAAAGUUAUUUCCAACACGGUCUCAUACGGUUGCUGCUCAGGGAGGUGUUAAUGCAGCUUUAGGUAAUAUGAAUCCGGAUGAUUGGCGAUGGCAUUUCUACGAUACUGUUAAAGGAAGUGAUUGGCUAGGAGAUCAGAAUGCUAUACAUUACAUGACUCGUGAAGCGGUUCGUGCUGUUAUUGAAAUGGAAAAUUAUGGUAUGCCUUUUUCACGAACAGAAGAGGGUAAGAUAUAUCAGCGUUCAUUCGGUGGACAAAGUAACAAUUUUGGUAAAGGUGGCAUGGCUCGUCGGACGUGCUGCGUAGCAGAUCGUACAGGACAUUCAAUGUUGCAUACGUUAUAUGGUUCGUCACUUCAGUAUAACUGUCGAUAUUUCAUCGAAUAUUUCGCACUUGAUCUUUUGAUGGAUAACGGACGAUGUGUUGGAAUUAUUGCUAUGGACCUUGAGGAUGGAAGCAUACACCGAUUCCGUGCGAAGAACACGGUGGUCGCAACAGGAGGAUAUGGACGAGCUUUCUUUAGUUGUACUUCUGCACAUACGUGCACUGGUGAUGGCACAGCAAUGAUUACUCGAGCUGGACUGCAGAAUUCUGAUAUGGAAUUUGUUCAGUUUCAUCCAACCGGUAUUUAUGGUGCCGGUUGUCUCAUCACUGAGGGUUCUCGAGGUGAAGGUGGCUACUUGGUGAACAGUGAAGGUGAACGCUUCAUGAAGAAGUAUGCACCGAAUGCGUUAGAUCUGGCCUCACGAGAUGUUGUUUCGCGAGCGAUGACGAUCGAAAUCAUGGAAGGUCGUGGUGUCGGGAAGGAUAAGGAUCAUAUUUAUUUGCAGUUGCAUCACUUACCUGCGAAAGAUUUGCAUGCCAAAUUGCCAGGUAUUAUGGAAACUGCGAUGAUUUUUGCUGGUGUAGAUGCUGCGAAAGAACCAAUACCCGUUAUACCAACAGUCCAUUAUAAUAUGGGAGGCAUACCAACGAAUUAUAUGGGACAGGUUCUAACUUACAAACGCGAUAAAGGUGACCAGUUGGUGCCAGGAUUAUAUGCUUGCGGUGAAGCAGCAGCACAUUCAGUGCAUGGUGCAAAUCGUCUGGGAGCUAAUUCGUUGCUCGAUCUUGUCGUUUUUGGACGUGCUUGUGCCAUAGAUAUUCUAGAAAAAGCCAAGAAAUCAUGCGAGAAGAUUCCUGAAUUGCCGAAAGAUGCGGGUGAAUCAACCAUUACAAACGUCGACAAGCUGCGUUUUGCCAAAGGUGAUAUUCCUACUGCUGCCUUAAGAUUGAAGAUGCAGAAAACGAUGCAACAGCAUGCAGCUGUGUUCCGACGCGGUGACAUUUUGAAGGAAGGUAUUAAAAAAAUGGAGACUCUUUUCAAGGAGCAAAAACUUCUUAAAACAACAGAUCGUGGAUUAGUGUGGAAUUCGGAUCUUGCUGAGACAUUUGAACUGCAGAAUUUAAUGCUAAAUGCCACUCAAACAAUCAUUGCUGCAGAAGCUAGAAAAGAAAGUCGUGGAGCACAUGCUCGAGACGAUUUCCCGACACGGAUAGAUGAGCUUGAUUAUUCGAGACCACUUGAUGGUCAAACUAAGAAGUCACUCGAUCAACACUGGCGUAAGCAUACUAUCAUCGAACAGGAUCACGAGACUGGGAAGAUUACCUUACAUUAUCGACCAGUAAUCGACCAGACAUUAGAUAAGAACGAGACAGACUGGGUUCAACCGAUGAUUCGAUCUUAUUGA